GGAGUCUAUAAUCCGACAACGCAGGCCAUGCUUGGUCGAUGGGCGCCGCCAUCGGAGAGGACUAAACUUGCAUCUAUCUGCUACGCAGGUUUUCCGUUUGGAAUCAUAGCCUCUUUCACGAUAUCAGGAUUCCUGUGCAUCUAUGGAUUCGAUAACGGCUGGGGGGUCCGUCUUCUAUGUCCCAGGAGCUGCAUCACUGUUAUGGUGCUUCCUGUGGUGGCUCUUGGUCGCCAGCACGCCGGCACAACAUCCUCGGAUCUCCAAGAGAGAGCGGAAUUACAUCAUACGUAGUCUAGGGGAGAAAACGCAGCGGAAUUACAAAACGCCAUGGUCGGACAUCUUACGGUCAAGGGCAAUGUGGGCGUUUGUAACGGGACAUACCUGUUUUUCGUGGCUAAUUUACACUCUGACCACCAACACACCUACGUUUCUUAAAGAGGUCCUGCACUUCAAUAUAGCAGAGAACGGCUUGUUGUCUUCGGUCCCCUCGCUCUGUCAAUUCGUGUUUGGGUUGCUGGGUGGUCAGCUCUCCGACUUCCUCCGGUCAAGGAAAUACCUCAGCACUACAGCCGCUCGGCGGAUAUUUCAGACAGGCGCAUUCCUCGGGGCAGGUAGCUGCCUGAUAGGCACAGGCUUUAUGGACGCGGAGAGACGUUAUUACGCAGUAUUUCUGCUAUCGGCCGCGAUGUCAUUUUUGGGUUUGGGGUCGUCAGGGGUCCUCGUCAACACUACCGACUUUGCUUCAAGAUACGCUGGGAUAUUGUUUGGCUUUUCUAACACCAUUGCAACAACGCCGGGGAUGUUAGCACCUCUCCUUGCCGGCGCCCUAACACCCAAUAAAACCCAGGAAGAAUGGCGGAAUGUCUUCUACGUGUGUGCUGGAGUCUGUGUCCUGGGAACUGUGGUGUUCGGAACAAUGGCCCAAGGGGAGCUGCAGCCUUGGGCCGCAGAGAAGAUGGAGGUGGUGGUGGAGGAAGGGCAGGGUGUUAAUGUGGGGUCGAACAAAGAUGUCCAAAAUGCCAAGCUUGAACAGGACACGACAUACUGCUCAACCCAUCUAUAAAUGGUGGUUCUGUUCAAGACAUUCUAGGAUAUUCCAGGACAUUCUUCGUCCACAGCUCGACCAUUUCUUCUUCUUGGAAUAUCCAAAUAAAUUCAAAAGGUAUUUGAACUUAAUGCAUGUCAGGUUGACUUAAACACAGAAUAUCCACAAAGUGUUUCCUCCUGUCUAUUCCCAAAUAGAAACAAAUAGGUAACACAAAGAAACCAACAAAUAAUGAGGAAAUGAAAAUAAAUGCAAUUGUAUUUUGAAAUUGAAAAAGAAAUAUCUUAUGUGUUGAUCCCUAUGUUGAAACUAAAAGGUUAUCUCCGAAUUAGUCCGUAAAAGAACCAACAAACAGCAAAGAAAUAGCUCCAGUUAUAUUUCAUUGUGAUUCAUAAACACUGCCAUCGUAUCGAAUUGUUACAAUCACUGGAUUGCCUGGUUCAGACCCGAUCUGUUUACAAACAAAAUCAGAGCUGUAAUACCUCUGAAACAUGAUAUAGUCAACUUCUCAUGAUAUAGUCAAAAUUGUACAAUCGACUCUGCUUUUGGCAGAGAUUUCUUAUGAACGUGGAAAGGGGUUUGUCGCGAAAAUAGUGAUUAUCAACCGAGAGUGAUUCCAUAUCAAUUAAUAUCACACAUUACGAAUACAAAUUGUAUUAUGUGAGCCUUAUAAUUACUCUUAAAAAAAAGAAGCAAAUCGUACGUGAAUUUAUGUGUAGAGAAUCGAGCAUUCGCGUCAAAAAUACUUAGCGGUACACCAAGGUGAAGGUCUUUCUGUAAAUAUUCGAGUCUGGAAGACAAUCCAGUGAUAAACAGCAUGAUCAUCGAUCUGCGCAACUGGGAACCGAUGACAUGUGUCAACCAAGUCAGCGAGCCUGUCCCGCGCCCCCCGCUGGAGUUUGCUGUAAUAUUGCGAAAAGAGUCUUAAAACCACUAUCAUUUAAUAUAUCAUUAUCAUUCCGUUCGCGUACUACUUUAGCAUACGAUCUAAAUGCAAUUCCGUUUUCAUAUUUGAUUGAGAAGCCUUUAGGUUUUACCCUGUGACACGUGUGUUUCAAUCAUGCACAUGUGUUGCUGGACAGCAGCACAGUCCUUGUGGUAUUUGUUUUUCCGCACAUCCUCCCCAGUUUCGUCUUCAUCGUCCCCUUCUUUCUCUGAAUCUGGGAAGUUCAGAAGGGCAGAGGCAUUCCUACAGUCAGCGUCCUUUCCCCCUGAAUCAG